AUGGGCAACCCUGAGAGUGGUUAUUCCGGAAGGACCAGCCGCUUGUGUGAGGCAAGCACAGUGUGUUCGCUGCACAGCGGGGUGUGGCUGGUGGUGGGUGUAGAGGAGCUGCGGUCGGUGGGCUGCGGGAGAAGCUUUUGCGUGGGUCGUGCAGUAGGACAGAAUGAGCGGUUCGAGAGUGUCCAAGAGGCAGUUUCUCUGCAUACGUGUGACCCCGGGGCGCCGGGCACAAUCGAAGGCGUUCGAGGGCUGCAUCCGUGUGAGUCGAGGAGCGCGCGGAGCGGGACGCCGAGCGUGUGCGCGGGAGGCACGGGUCGCGCGGUGCGUGAGUGCGCGUGUACGCGGUGCGCGUGCCCCUCAGUUCUCAAGGACACCUCCGAGAGGAGGCGGCAGAGCCGGUGUCGGGUGACGUCACCGCGCGCCCCAGUGAUAAUCGCCCGGUGCCGGAGCCGAGCGCGGAUACGAGCGGAGGCAGCGGCGGCGGCGGCGAGCGCGGGGACGGUCGCACCCGGUCUAGGCAAGGAGAGUGGGAGUCAGACUCCCGCAGUGCCGACCUCGCGGACGCCGGGCUCCCACCCGGCCCUCAGGAAUUUGCCCGGCUUCCUUGGCACUGUCCCUGCGCUCUCCUCCACCCGGGGCCGUAGCGUGCGGGUCCUGCGGGCGCCAAGAAGGAGGCGGAGGCGGGAUCGGGCGACAGCGCAGGCUGUGCUGCGGAGCGGAGGCGGCAACCGAGAAGCAGCAGGCGGCGGCGGCUCGCGCCCGGACGGGUAACUGCGCUGGCGGCCCGUGCCGGGGCGAGCCGGUCUCUCAGGUCACCCCGUCUUUCUCUCCUCGAGCAGCUUCUCGCCAGCCAGAGGCGUAAGAGAAGAGAGCUCGGCGGGUUGUAGAAAGAGACUGCUUUUCAUCUCCGAACAUCGAGGUUCUUUAUUUUCACCGCACUCACGCACUCCUGGUGGGGCCGGGAAGAGGAGCCGGGGAAGGGCAGCUGCGGAGAGGCUUGCGCCGCCGGGGUGGAGAGGGCUCUGCACCCGUCAGAAGACUGCAGCAGGCCGGAGCACGCGCGCUCACCCCGGCCGGCUCCUGCAUCUCCCUCGCCGCGGCUCCGAGGGGUCCCUACUGCAGGAACGCCCCGAGGGAUUUGCCCGGGCCCUUCUCUACCUCGGGGAGGGGAAGGAAAACUGGCUCCUCGGAGUUGGGGGCGGACCAGGGCAGCACUGCCAGCUUAGCGCGGAGCCCCGCCCCGCCCGCCCGCCCCGCGGCGAAGAAGCUGGAGCAUUCGCGCCCCUCAGGCUAGGACCCCACGCAAGCCGCAGCCCGGCCCCGACCCGGUCCAGCCGCUCGCCGCCCGCCGCAGCCCUGAGGGCCCCUCUGCGUGUUCACAGCGGACCUUGAUUUAAUGUCUAUACAAUUAAGGCACGCGGUGAAUGCCAAGAGAGGCGCCUCCGCCGCUCCUUUCUCAUGGAAAUGGCCCGGGAGCCCGGCCGUCGCGGCGCCCCUCCCGCGGGAAAAAGGCGAGCCCCGGCCCCCGGUGGCCCCUCGCUCCGCGGACAAAUCCGGCGAACAAUGCGCCCGCCCAGAGGGCGGCCCAGCUGCUGGGCCGGGGAUCUGGCCGCGGGACACAAAGGGGCCCGCAUGCCUAGGACGUCACGAGAAGGGUGGGGGCGACCGCGGGGGAGAAUGUGGCCACCCGGCCCCUGACCACGUGUGUCCGCAGCUCUGAGUGCUCGAGAUCCCGAAGAGGGAGACGAGGGCCAGAAGACAAAGGGAGGGGCUGGGGAAGCGGCGGGCUGAGGGGCGCGGGAGGGAAGUGUGCAGCUUCCCGGGUUGUGUUGGCGCGUCCCGCUACCCACGGGCAGUCCUGGGCGCUGUCCUCGGUGCUGGCCGUGGAGUCACCCAGAGAGACGGGGCGCUAAUGCGCUUGGGGCGAAGGGAUGUCAUGAGUAUCACUGUUCCCAUCUAGGGGGCCCUGGAUAGUUGCCGCAGCAACCCCAGAGAAAUGGGGUAGGGUCUGGGGUCACUGCAGUCUGUCCCCUGGGCGCUCUAGUUGGGGUCGCAGGGUGAAGGCGGUGAUCACUUUGAUUCUGAAGAAACCCCUGAACCUUAGGUUGAGGUUCGAGCUGUGGAAGUGGGGGAUCUGCAUCUGCAUCCAAGGUCUAAAUCUGGGUGGAUACACUGGACCGCAUCCCGCCCCCAAACCUCUCUCCAGCUAUGCGGGACGCGAGGCACGUGAGGCUCUGCAGCCCAGAGAGAAAAUGACAAAUCCUCCUCCUCCCUCCCCCACCACCAUCUGCAGCCGCAGUGACACCCACUCAGGUCUGCUGCAGGCAUUUUUUUUCCUGUCCUCGGCAGCCAGCGCCACCUGCUGGCGUCCUGGUAUGAGACUCUGCUCUGGCAUGUCUCCUCCCAGCAAGGUUUCCGAUCCCCAAGGUUACAGGCCCUAUUACCUAGGGCAAUGGUUCUCAACCUUCAGAAUGCUGCUACCCUUUAAUAGAGUUCUUCAUGUUGUGGUGACCCCUCCCCCCAACCAUAAAAUUAUUUUCGUUGCUACUUCGUAUUUUGUUGCUACUUCAUAACUGCAAUUUUGUUACUGUUAUGAAUCCUAAUGUAAAUAUUUUUAGAGAUAGAGUUUGGCAAAGGAGUCCUGAUACACAGGUUGGAAACUGAUGACCUAGGAUUGACUGUCAGUGGAGGAGGUCACAACCUCUGCACCCCCACCCCCUCAGACAAGUUGCAGACUUGCUUUUCAUCUUCAUGGGGUGAGUGUGAGCCCCUUUCCUGGCUCUGACCCAGAUCCAGAACUGACCGCCCAAAUUCUCCUAGCCUCAAGUCCUGUGCAGUUGCAGAAAAGCAAGACAAAAGGGCCCGCGUGAAGACACAAAGAGAUGCUGCAGGGAGACUGCUUCAGUACUCCAUGGAGAGAUGCACACAGUCACACACUCAUAGACCACUAGUGCCUUUGCAUCCUGUCCCCAAAGCAGAGCCUCUGCAGAACCUCUGCCUCUUGGAGGGUGGAGAAGGGGCCCAAGCAUACCACAGCUCUGACCUUGGGCUUGCUGUCUCUUUUUCCCUUCCUCCCUCAGAAGAGCUGCAAGGUGAACUCAAAGCAAUACUGAAGGAAUUGGUAGAGGUAUCAGUCCUCUAGUGUAAAGGUUCCUAGGGGGCACAGGACUAUGCCCCUCGUUGAGCUCUGUUGGGGGUGCUCUACACUGCAGCCUGGCUCUUUUCCCAGAGGGAAGAUUCCCCCUGCCUCUCCCCUGGAACUAGAGCUCCAUUCUUGUGCCACCGCUGCCCUUGCUGGAGAGUUGGCUCCUGACCACAGUGACCUUCUGGGCUGUGAGCAGAGAUCGGGGUGGGGAGGAUGGUAAGGGAGGUGGGCUGGAGAGUGGAUAGGCGGUAAAGCCCAUGGCAAGCUGCCCUGUGCCCCAGCCCAGGUUGAGUAGCAAUCACCUUCACUCACCUUCAUUGCACCCCCUUCAGUGGAGGCUAGGGGCUUCAGUUCAGGGGCACAGGACCAAUCUGGGCAUGGCUAGCAGACAUGGGGCAUUCGGUAGGAAGGCCAUUUUUCAAUCCUUACUGUGCUCAGGGUGCAGCACUGUCUGCUGGGGUGUGGGCAGGCCUCACGCAGGUGACUUAGAAUCUCAGAUCUACCCGUAGGGGGCUGAGUGCAAGCAUCACUCUCUGACUCUCGGGACCAGCAGCCUUUUCUGCAGCCGCGCUUUGUAGCCUUUGUGGGCUAGCUUGGAUGUCCAUCCCUGUUUAUCCUAAAAUACAUUCAUCCCUACAUAGACUGCCUGAUCUAUUUAGAAGCCAAGGCUCAGCAUACGGGCUUGUUGGGUGCCAACCUGGUCAACAGCAAGCUGGGGAAAGAACAUUCAGAACAUUCACAUAAACCUCCAUCGGCACUGGGCCCUCUUAAGUGUAGGGACUAGAGAAAGGAGAGACACGGUUCGAGCAUCCAAUAUAGUACAUCUCCACUCCGAAUGAAGCGCAGCAUAGCUGCUGUCCCAGAGCAGUCACCUCAUAGCUUUCUUGGGAAACCCUAAUUCUCUCCAGAGGGGAGCAUGUCACUUUUAGCCUUUUUGUCCUAUUGGGACUGGAGAUGCUUCAGAAUUCAGCUUCCUGUCUCCAUACUUCCAGCUCCCAGUCACAGCACUUCACGUGGAAGCAUCCAGGAGCCCCGCACUGCUUGCCCUGAAGUCUGUGCUCUGGUAGUCUCUACCCGAGGCUCCAGCCUCUCUGCGCCUCAUCGCCCCAACCUUCACUCCUGAUGCAGCGGGUGGGGGCAGAGAUGUUUCAGAGGGAAAAUUAAGAUGCUAGAGUGCUCCUGCCAUAGCUUGUUAGAGAGACAGAAGAAAACGUGGGAAGAACUUCAAUUGGCAGGAGGGAGCGAAGAGGGUCUGAUUCUGCAUGGCGGCCCCAUCCAAGAGGAAGCAAGACAGGUAUCAGCUUCUCUAGUGCACACACACAGAUCUCCUCCCAGCCUCAGGCUAUGCCCAGUCCACAUGGCACACAAGUUCUACUUUCCACAAUAGAGCUUCAUUGGCAGCACCUCCCAGGGGUGUGAUCAAAAAGUCAUGGGAGUCCAGAUUGCAGGGGCCUCUACCUUAGCCCAUGCCUGCCCACUCGUACCCUAAAUUCUACAGGAUUCUGCCUUUACCCAACACAGGUUCCCGGACCUUUGUUACCAACAGAGGUCUAGGCUGCUCCUCAGCAUCAGCUUGACCAGAAGGGUAAACCAGUAUCCCCAUGGCUACCUGCGACCUCCUAGUUGGUCACAUGAGCAGGCCUAGGCUUCCUUGGAAGCUGAACCGUGAAAGUGCUGGCUCGGGCAGAAUUUGAUUUAAAGGGAGGAUGAAAAGGGUCCGUUUGCACAGCCUGUUGUGCCACCUACACCCUCACAGCUGCUCCCAUCCCUUCAGAGCUUAGGUACAGAUGUCCCUAGCUCCUAGCAUCAGCCAAGAUGUAAUAAUAGCAACAAAAAUUAAUAGUAAUAAUAGCAACAUGCCUGCCCUUCCAAGGUCUACACUUCCUACCUGGCUGCCACAGCCUUGACAUUGAGGCAAUCUCCACCACCUAGAAAGCCGUUCAUCAGGAAGAUAAAAGAUAGAGCUAUCAUCUGUGCUUCGAGUGGGGGCCAGACACAACUUAGAAGUCCACAUACACGCCGUUUCCACUGAGGCUCUGAUGGAGGGGAUAGGAGGCCUUUUCAGCAGGACAGGAGCACGCUGCACUCUGUCGUGUGACAGCACUCUCCCGGGAGCUAGGUCCCAUCUUUGGUUCUCAGCCACUUUAAACAGGUCUUGUCAGGUUACCCCAGAGAUGUCUGUAGAACCUAUGUAGUCCUUCUCUUGCCUGAAUUGUCACCCAAACUACCACUGACCAUGAGCAGAGGAGAUGAGCCUAGCACCUGGAGGACUGGGCAUUAUCUAGCCUGUUCAUCCCCUGGGGCCACACCACUGUGAGUUUAUACCAGGAGCUACGGAGCUAUUCUCAGUGUGUGUCCAGAUAGCCAGAGCGCCGGAAUCAACAUCCUUGAACUACUCACAAUAAAGCCCAACUCUAAAUACAGUGUCAGCCCACAUGGAAGGAUGGCCCAAAAAGGACCAGGUUUGAGAAUCUUCUCAGUCCCAGGCUGUCACCGAGAGUCAACACUCCCCAGGGAGCACCAUCUCUGUUGGAACAGAAUAGAAAUAUGCACCAAGUACGUGGAGCAAGCUCAGGCAGUCUGAAGUACAGUGAAGCAGCACAAAGCUGAGGCACACACAGAAUACUCCAGCACACACACACACACACACACACGCGCGCGUGUGUGUGUGUGUCUGUGUGUGUGUGUGUCUGUGUGUGUGUGUGUCUGUGUGUGUGUCUGUGUCUGUGUGUGUGUCUGUGUCUGUGUGUGUCUCUGUGUCUGUGUGUGUCUCUGUGUGUGAAGACCCUCUCCAGGUGCCUAUGCUCACCACAGGUGGAACCUUGGAGAUGCUUCAAGAUUCUAUACCUGGACAGGGAUGGUGAGUGACACUGUGGAGAGCCAGGCCCCAGAGUGACCUCGAACAUUGCCUAGACAGAACAAGUUAAUCACUAUGAACAAGGACAGGGGAGACAGAGGUAUCCUCAUCUAGAGACAAGUCCUACCUCAGCAUGGGACAGGCACACAGGAUAAGGCCCUAGAUCUUCUGCAUGCUCUCUGCUCUUUCAUUCACCUAAGUAUUCCUGAGCCUCUUCUAAGGACCAGGCUGUGUGUGAGUGCUGCCAAGGUCCAGGCAAGUCUGCAGGAGACAGGAAUGAGCUGAGCAAGCACCCUGUAUUCCACCUGGCACCUGCUACUACCAAGGGAUAAAAAGCAGGGCAUCCUAAUGCCAGUAGAAAGCUGAUUCACUCACUCACUCACAUAGCACAAAGAUCUAAGGAUACACUUUCACACUCAUGGAGUCAGGAUUUCCUCACCUGCUGUGCCUCAGCUUCCCCAUCUGUGGUUGGGUAUAAGUUCAGACAUGUUCAAGGAAGUCAAUGUGAAGUUAUCAUGACUAUAGUCAACACCAUCAUUACCAUCUUCGUCACCUUCAUUAUCAUUAGUCUCAACCACUGGUAUCACUGUUAGCCAACCAUCAUGACUUCCACCAACACCUCCACCACAACCAUCACCAUCACCACCAUCAUCAUCAUCACCAUCUCCAUCAUUAACUUUAUCAUUAUCUCUAAACUUUAGGCUGGGGAUUUUAACACUCCUUUUAUAUGGUCAUUUUCAGCUCUUCAGAGCAGCAGAAUGAAGAUGUGGCACAGGAACUGUGGCUACCCAAAGGUCACUGAGAAGGCCUGUGUUCUCUCAGAAAGGUGCUGUGUUUCAGGUAAAUGUCUCCCAGAUGCUAAAGUCUUUGUCUUCAGGGUGAGAAACCUUUAGGAGAUGGACCCAAGCAGGAAGGACUUGGAGAUGGGUCCAUGAAGGGCAUGGUGGAGGCCUUGGGUCUUUCUCGUCUCUCCUUUUUGCCUCCUGGUUAUGAGAUGAGUAGUUUUGCUCUGCAAACCACUUCCUGCAAUGGCCCUCCACACCCCUGUAAGAAGCUGAAAGGCCACCAAAUCAUGGACUGCAACCCCUCAGACUGUGAGCCAAAUAAAUCUUUGUUCUUUGUAAGUUAA